AACAAAGCCCGAUUAACUAGCAAUAAUUCGCAUAUUGAGAAAACUUAAACUGUAUUCAGCUUCGCUGUGGUAAAGUGCAUGCUCGCGCCAUGCGAAUUCUGUGUUUAGUUGUGAUCCUCUUACGCUGUGGAGCAUCUGGGGAUACAGCUGAGGAUGCGGAGGGCAGAUCAGCGGGAAGCUGGUGGAGUGCAAUACCUCGGCUUUGGACCGACAUGAUAACCAUGAAGGUCAACAUACUCACAGCUGCUCCACUCGAGAUGGCGGCCAAUGCAAUUGAUACUUUGUGCUCCUCCACUUUGCUUAUGGAUAGAGUGCCUCCCCAUAUCACUCCGGAUAUAACAAAAAUGCAUUUUCAGUACAUGACACCAUGCCAAAACUAUAGUGUUCCAUUGUUGGAGGCCUCCAAGCUGUGGAGGCACUCAAGGUUUAGUAAGGGACGCAAAGUGGUGAUUUUGGCCACUGGAUGGACCAACACCGUUAAUGAAUCUUCCGCCAUAUCGAUGGUGUCCAAAGCUUUUAUGUGCCGCGGCGAUGUGAACUUUGUGAUUGUGGAUGCAGCCGACUAUGUUGACACAUUUUACUCCUGGUCGGCACUUAAUACUGACUUAAUUGGCGAGCACAUUGGCGUAGGUCUAACCCAUCUUAUAGAGCUGACGCCAUUGAGAAAUAUUCACUUGAUUGGACAUUCCCUGGGAGCUCAUAUAAUGGGCACUGCUGGACGGACUUUUAAACGGCUAACUGGAAAGUUGAUCCCUAGGAUAACUGGCUUGGAUCCGGCUAAGCCCUGCUUCAGACGGGAAAAUGUCCUGCCGGGAUUAACUCGCGGUGAUGCCAAGUUGGUGGACAUCAUUCACACCAAUAUUGGUAUAUUGGCCAAGCGGGGUCCUUUGGGAGAUGUUGAUUUCUAUCCUGGCGGAGCAAAUCCUAUCCAACCAGGCUGUUUAACCAUUGGCUGUUCCCAUACGCGAGCGGUGGAAUAUUUCGCAGAGAGUGCAUAUCCUCAGCAGGAGAAGAACUUUAUGGGGAACAAAUGCGCUUCUUGGGACAAGCUUCGAAGGAGGGACUGCUCUUCGGAAAUUGUUUCCCCGAUGGGCUAUAAAAUUGAUCCCCAAGCUAGAGGCAUGUACUACGUAGAUGUCAAUGGUUGGCCACCUUAUGGGCGAAACUCAAAAAAUAACAUCGAUCCUAGGCUAAGAACUUGCUAUCUGUGUCAGACUUGAUUUUAGAAACUCUACCAAGAAAAUAUAAGCCCUGAUAGUACAUAAAUUAUAUAAAUAUGUUCAAAAAAUCA